GUCAACUAGACGUCUUGACCCCUUUCACUCAACUCAGAUUUCUGACCCACAAUACACGGACAGAAAAUUUUCGAGAAAUUAGACUAUUUUUUAUUUAAAAUUUCACAAAUAAAAGAAGAAGGAAGGAAUCACAAAAUAUCACUGAUUCCUUUUCGGGAAAUUCGAGCAAAUGGGUUGUUCCAAAAGAUCGGAAAGUGCAAUCUUGCUGGGGUUUCUUCUGUUGAUUUUUGCUGAAUCAGUGGUGGGUCGGUUCGUGGUGGAAAAGAACAGCUUAAGGGUGACGUCACCAGACAGCAUCAAGGGCACGCAUGACAGUGCAAUUGGGAACUUUGGUAUUCCACAAUAUGGAGGUAGCAUGGCAGGGACUGUGAUGUACCCGAAGGAAAAUAGAAAGGGCUGCAAGGAUUUUGAUGAUUUUGGGAUUUCUUUCAAGUCAAAGCCUGGAGCUUUGCCUUUCUUUGUUCUUGUUGAUCGCGGAGAUUGCUUUUUUGCUCUAAAGGUUUGGAAUGCCCAGAAUGCUGGUGCUGCUGCAGUUCUAGUGGCUGAUAACAUGGAGGAAGCAUUAAUAACCAUGGACUCACCUGAAGAGGAUCACGCAUCUUUAAAGUAUAUUGCGAAUAUAACAAUACCUUCCGCACUGAUCGAUAAAAGUUUCGGUGAAAGUUUAAAAAAAGCAAUCAGUGGAGGCGAUAUGGUAAAUGUGAAUCUAGAUUGGAGAGAGGCUGUUCCGCACCCGGAUGAUCGAGUAGAAUAUGAACUGUGGACUAACAGCAAUGAUGAGUGUGGAGUUAAGUGUGAUAUGUUGAUGGAGUUUGUUAGGGAUUUUAAGGGUGCGGCCCAAAUUCUUGAGAAAGGUGGUUAUACUCAGUUUACACCACAUUAUAUAACUUGGUAUUGCCCACAGGCAUUCACCAUAAGCAAACAAUGCAAGUCCCAAUGUAUCAACCAUGGAAGAUAUUGUGCUCCAGACCCUGAACAAGAUUUCAGCUCUGGUUAUGAGGGUAAAGAUGUAGUUCUUGAAAACUUGAGGCAGCUAUGUGUGUUUAUAGUGGCCAAUGAAACUAAAAAGCCAUGGGUUUGGUGGGAUUAUGUUACUGAUUUUCAAAUUGGAUGCCCCAUGAAGGAAAAGAAAUACAACAAGGAAUGUGCUAACAGUGUUAUUGAAUCUUUAGGGCUUGAUCUGAAAAAGAUUGAAAAGUGCAUGGGUGAUCCUAAUGCUGACUCGGACAAUCCUGUCCUGAAAGAAGAGCAAAAUGCUCAGAUUGGGAAAGGAUCUCGUGGUGAUGUAACCAUAUUGCCCACCCUUGUUGUCAACAGUCGACAAUAUCGAGGGAAGUUGGAGAAAGCUGCUGUUUUAAAGGCUAUCUGUUCUGGUUUUGAGGAAACUACAGAACCAUCUGUUUGUUUGAGUGGUGAUGUUGAAACAAAUGAGUGCUUGGAUAAUAAUGGUGGUUGCUGGCAAGAGAAGACAGCAAAUAUUACAGCUUGCAAGGACACAUUUCGAGGACGAGUGUGUGUAUGCCCUGUGGUCAAUGGUGUGCGGUUUAAGGGGGAUGGUUACAGGUCUUGUACAGCAACUGGGCCCGGGCGGUGCAUAAUCAAUAAUGGAGGGUGUUGGCAUGAAACUCGAAAUGGAAUUACUUUCUCUGCUUGCAUGGAUAAUGAGGAAGGAAAAUGCAAAUGUCCUCCUGGAUUUAAAGGCGACGGUGUUAACAGUUGUGAAGAUAUUGAUGAAUGUAAAGAAAAGAAAGCUUGCCAAUGCCCUGAAUGCAGUUGCAAGGAUACAUGGGGCAGUUAUGAUUGCACUUGUAGCGGGGACCUGUUGUAUAUCCGGGACCAUGAUACCUGCAUAAGUAAGAGAGCUACUGAAGUAAAAUCUGCAUGGGUUGCUGUUUGGGUUAUUUUGAUUGGAUUGGCAAUGGCUGCUGGUGGGGGGUAUCUCGUAUACAAAUAUAGAUUGAGGUCAUACAUGGACUCAGAAAUCAGGGCUAUAAUGGCACAAUACAUGCCUCUAGAAGGUCAAAAAGAAGUUCCAAGUCAUGUUAGCGACGAUCGUGCUUAAAAGCAAAGCUCAAUUAUUAUUCAUCUGGAAGAGUUACCGUUGUGUCUCCAGCAAAGGUUUUGAAGGUAGAAUUAUAUAUCGUUGUAAAAUUUGUUGGACAAUAAGUGAAAUGAGAGAUUAUAUUAUUCUAAUGUCUUUCAAGACGUAACAUUUGCUUACAAUUGUGUUUGGGACGCAGUAAAAAAAGAAGGAUUAGGUCGAAUUAUGGACACUUUAGCAUGUGACCGGUGUGCCCCCGGCACCCUAAUGAAUUUCAGGCGUCUAAUCAUUGAUUUGUUUCUUUCCACGGAUCUUUGUCGUGAUUACUUGUUUCCUAAGGAAAGUUCAAUUUAUUAGUUAGAAUUAGUAAAAGUUUGCUUUUGAAGAACAUUUGUCCUCAUUGUCUUUUUUAGUUUGAACAAUGAUGUAAUUUUGAAUGAUAAGGAAAACGAAUUUAAAUA